CUCCAAACUCCACACCCUGAACCAAAAUUACCAAAACAUGCACCUAGUACGAACCCUCACCCUCCUAGCAACCCUAGGAACCCUAGGAACAGCAACAACAGCCGACACCCUGAGACCCCGAAACUGGGACCUCCGUCUCCUCAAACCAGGCUGCCAACCCAGCGGCUCCAACUUCGACGUCAGCGUCUACCAUGCGCAGGGCGUAUCGGAGCGAUCAUGUGUGGAUUUGACGACCGUUCGGGGUCUGAAUCUGAGUAUUGUGGAUACGGUCUCGUGGAAGAGUCCGUCUGAGCCACAGUUUGAUCUCUGUAUGUAUGCAGAUGGGGAUUGUGAUUCUGAGGAGCUGAUUGGGGAGAUUCGGGAUGGGUGGGGGGUUUGUGUUAAGUAUGAGCGGUGGAGGGGGUGGAGAGCUGUUGCUAAGGGGGAGGAGUGUGAUUGAUUUGUUUUCUUGCUUUUAUAUCCUCUUGUUUUUUGAUCUUGAGGGGGGUCUGAAGGGGGUAGGUAAUGUAUGGAUGAGUGGGUUGAGGCUGAUAGGUUUGAGGUGGGUUGCUAUGUGCUAUGUGUUAUAAAACUGAAUACGUCUAGAGAUGGGGAUGUUGCCUGUAACUGAUAAUGAAUGGGGCAUGGAUAUUAGAUACUAGCCUUUUCAAGUUACUAUGUCGCUCUGUUGAGGUAUGUAGAUGUAAUCUCCCUCUCGCUCAUGCUUAGAGAGUCAUAGCCAGGAAACUGCAACAAUGCAGAAUGUAAC